AUGGAGCUGUUGUACCCCAAGUGCCGCACCCUGUGCCUGGUCUUCAUGAACCCCAGAGAGGAGCGCUCCGCUGCUGCCAUCCUGUACCAGUGUCAGAGCAGGGCACCCGCUGCAGCCCAGUGCCCGAGGGGCUGCCUGUUCCCACUGGAGAUCCACCUGGCAAGCUGCAGCAGUCAUGAUGUGUGUCUGAAGUGGAGGACUCUCCCCUUCCAGCUGAGUUCAGUGGAGAAGAACUACCCUGACAGCUGGGUGUGCUCCUUGAACCCUGAUCCUGAACAGGACAGAUGUGAGGCUCCAGAGCAGAAGCAGAAGGUCCCCCUGGGAACUCUGAAGAAAGACCUGAAGUCACAGGAGGAAAAGCAGAAACAGCUGACAGAGAAAAUCCGGCAGCAACAGGAGAAGCUGGAAGCUUUGCAGAAAACCACCCCCAUUCGAUCUCCAGCAGACCUGAAGAAGCUGCCCCUGGAAGUGACCACACGGCCAGCAGGGGAGAGCACCCAGUCCCAGAGCCGGCCCCAGCGCCCCCGAUCUCCUCCUCUCCCUGAUGUAAUCAAGAAUGCUCCCAGCAGACCACCAUCAUUUUCACCUUUUUCCAAGUCCAGCAGCCAGCUGAAAAAGAGUUCUUCAGCUUGGCCAAGUCUCAGCACUCCCAAAGUGGCAAACAUGCUCUCCAAGGAUGAGGCCAGCACUUCCAGGCCACAGCAGCAGGCUGUGACAGCUGGGAAGUGUAACAGCACUUUAAAAACUCUGAGCAAAACAGGCACUGCAGCAAGGCCAGCAGCUGGGGGCCUGCAGAACCCAAAAAGCUCAGGGGAGGCGUCCAAUCCAAGAGCUGCCAAGGUGCCAGCACUGAAGAGAUCUGCCACUGUCAAAUGCCUACAGGCCUCAACCACUCGGAAGAGGACCUGGAACCCCACAGAGGAUGAGUCUGAGGAGGAAGGGGAGCACAAGAAGAAGAAGACAAAACGAGGCAAAUUUGCAGUAGUGAAGGAAGAGAGGAAGGACUCCAGUGAGGUGGUGGUGGAGCUCACAGACAGUGCUGGGGAAGAAGAGCUGGAAGAACUGAAGAAAGCUCAGAAAGACAAGGGGCUGCACGUGGAGGUGCGUGUGAACAAGGAGUGGUUCACCGGCCGCGUCACGGCAGUGGAGCUGAGCCGGCAGGCGGUGCGCUGGAAGGUGAAGUUUGACUACGUCCCCACAGACACCACCCCCAGGGACCGCUGGGUAGAGAAGGGCAGUGAGGACGUGAGAUUGAUGAAGCCUCCCUCUCCUGAGUACCAGGCUCCAGACACGCAGCAGGAAGAAGAGAUUGUUGUGGCUGAACCUUCUACCUCUGACUGUGUCAGAAUUGAGCCAGACACCACUGGUCCCAGCAGCAGCCAAGAAACAGUGGACUUGUUAGUGCAGAUCCUUCGGAACUGCUUGAGGUACUUCUUGCCUCCAAAUUUCCCCAUCUCCAAGAAGGAGCUCAGUUCCAUGAGCUCAGAAGGGCUCUUGGCGUUUCCCUUGAAAGAGUAUUUCAAACAGUAUGAGGUAGGUCUGCAGAACCUCUGCAAUUCAUACCAGACCCGUGCCGACGCCCGGGCCAAGGCCUGUGAGGAAAGCCUCCACAACUCGGAGAGGAAGCUGAAGGAAACAGAGGAGAAACUGCACAAGCUGAGGACUAACAUCGUGGCCCUUCUGCAGAAAGUGCAGGAGGAUAUUGAUAUCAACACAGACGAUGAACUGGAUGCCUACAUCGAGGACUUGAUCACAAAAGGAGACUGAGCAGCCCCAGUCCAAGGCCUGAAGGAGUGCAGGGCAGCUGUGGUGGGAGGGCUGUGGGUUCUGCAGGGAAGGACUGUGGCAGCUGACAAGGAGAAGAGGACUUUUCCACCAUGCUUGUGUUGAUGUCCACCUCGUUCUCCUGACUGGACAUGGCAAAGGCACUUGUGCUGCUGGCAGGACAGUUUUUGAUGCUGUAG